AUGCCGAGGAAUAUCGUAAGCUGGCUUUGGUUGUUGCGCUUCUCGUCGGCAUGGGUUUGUCCCUCUGCUGUGCACCAGGGCGGCAAAAGGUUCUGUGAUCCAUCUCUGAGCGACCGGACAGGGAGCCUCGCCGUGCAGAAGUGCGGUUCAGGCUUGUUCAGGGAGUGGAGCGGGCCUCGCCGAGGGCAGUGCGUGCCGUGUCGCUGCAACGGACUCUCCGACCGAUGUGACGGGCUCACGGGGAAAUGCGUGGUUGGUACACGCUGCAGUUUUCUUGCAAACAACUUCCAGAACUGUGGUUUCCACACGGCGGGCGACCACUGCGAGCGAUGGCAGGAAGGUUACCAUGGCAACGCCGCCCAAAAAACCUGCCGCGCUUGCCCGUGUCCUUUCACGUGGAACAAUUGGGCUUUGGCCUGCCCAAACGUCAGCUCUGGGGUGGUUGAAUGUUUGCGCAAACGCGGCUAUGCCGGAUCCAGAUGUGAGAGAUGUGCAUUCGGUUACUAUGGCGACCCAGCGGCGCGCGGCGCCAGCUGCAAGCUGUGCGAGUGCGACACAGAUGAUGAUGGGAACAUUUGUCGUCCCUUGAGUGAAGAGCGCAUCUCACCUAGCGACAGCAGUUCUGAGGGUCACGAUCACGCCUUGAAGUGCUGCGCCGAAGUUUUGCUUCUCCGCUUGAGGGCCAACAAGGGCGACCUGCUCGGGCUGACUCACAUCUCUGCUUCAGUUUCAAUACCGAUCCACUCUCAGGGGAUAGUCUCUGAAGCCGAGACAGUAGUGAAGAGCUACGGCGGCACUAGGAGACAUCUGGGGCUAAAGGCUGAGCAGCUUGAAGGAGAUGUGAACACAAUCCGAGACGACCUGGACCAGCUUUCAUACCAGGCCCUUCAAAUAUUCUCCCGUGGGGAUGAAGCCCUUCAGAGUCAGAAUGGACCAAAAACGGAGGCCAAGGUUUUACUCGGCCACGCAAAGUCUGUCGUGGCGUCAUUACGAGUGCUUGACGCCAUAACCAAGAUGGCCGCCGCCAGACCAAAUCAGCAGACUGUGAACCAGACCGCAGACUCUCUGAUGGCCUCACAGGCUCUUCUCAGACACGUGACUGAUCUUCUGUCAGGUGCAAAGGUCGCAGUAAGAAGAGCAAAACGUGCUCAUUUGACGAGUGCUACAACCCGACUCCUGCAGGGCUUUGAGAAGGAUGCGGCUCAGUUAGACGGCGCCGAGCAGCGGCUGCGAAAGAGUCUCAGUAACAUCUUCCCUGUUGUGGCCAAGAUGGAGAUCAUCGGCGAGGCUGAGGAGCACGCACGGGUGCUCAGCAGAUUGGCCGCAGACAUGCAAAAAACGCUUCCCAUUCCCACGUUCAACACCACAAAGCAGCCGAACGAACCCAGCGUGUCAAACAGCAUCAUGACUUAUAUGGAGGACGCCACAAUUGCCGCUAAUCGGUCCAACAUGGCUGCCGACGAGGCAUUACAGGAUGUGCUGCGGGACGGUCUGCUCUUGACAACGGAGGCACUGAGUGAUAAUUCGACUCACUUGUGGACUGCGGCCAACCACACUCAUAAAGACUUCAGAAAGUUCUCACAGUCACUGAACAUGCACAGGGAUGGUGUGAAACGACGGAAAGAAAAAGGAGAAUCUUUGCGAUUUGACAUCUCCCGAAUGAGCGAUGAACUCAAAAGGCUCAAAAGAGACCAAACGAAUGCCCUCAUAGACUCAGCCAAAAGAGCGGCCUCCGCUGCAAACGACGCUGUCGCUCAUGUGACACACAGACUGAGGAAUAUCACACAGGAAAUGGACAGAUUGACUUUGAACAGCAGCAAUCUGGCUUUAAAUGACAUUUUAAAUAACACACAACAUGCCGUGAGGAGUUUGGAAACGGCGCUCCCGGUGGUGAGAGACAAAUGCGCCCGAGUGGAGGCCCUGGGAAAAACAGAAAACAUGACAGAAAACAUCCGCAGGAUCAAGGACCUGGUCCAGGAAACCAGGAGCUAUCUUAAUAGGCUCUCGCUCGCUACCCGCUUCAACGGGAAAGCUCACAUUGAGCUUCAUCCACCGAGCAACGCCGAAGACGUGAAGGCCUUCACGGCCGUCGAACUCCUCCUCAGCGUGGACAAAACAGCGGCGGAGCGCAGAAGAAAACGUCGGGACGAACGGCGAGACGACGACAUGUUUGUUUUGUACCUGGGCGGCGAGGACGGAUCGGGCGACUACGUGGGGAUGGCAAUCAGGCGCGGCGUGUUGAUUUGUGUCUACAACCUGGGCGGCCACGUCCACGAGGUGGCUACCAGUCCUAUAACAACGUUCACCGGCGCGUACGCCUCCAGUUUGGACCGCGUCGUUUUCCACAGAGUUUACCACGAUGCCGAAGUCAACGUUACAGCGAACUUCACGUCAGGGCGGCCCGUCCCUUACGCUCCCAAACGUCACCUUCCGAAUACCGUGAGCGGAAUCCUCCAUCUGGAUCCACAGCGCACGGUUUUCUACGUCGGCGGCUACCCUCCACAUUUCAACCCUCCCAAGCAUCUGCGCUACCCGAGGUACCGAGGCUACGUGAAACUGUCCUACAUCAACAUCGAGCCACUUUGCCUUUACAACUACAAGCGCGCCGUCAACCUGCAGGAAGCUGGCGAGCGCGCUCUCAUGUUGCCCAGCUCCGAGGUGUCCGACUACUACCGGGGAAACGGCUACCGCGAGGUUUUGCUGAAGGAGCCGCACGAGAGGAGGAGACGCCUUUUUAAGUUUCGCACAAACAGCCGGGACACUGACGCCUUGCUGUUCUACAUGGGCACGGAGGAGGCGUUUUGGUGCUUGCUGGUGGAGCGGGGCCACCUGCUACUUCAAGGUCAACGCGCAGGAAUAAAGCGGCGAGCUCGGAGUGCUGACAAAGUGUCUCUUUUGGACAAACACCUGGCCAUCACCGUUGAGGAUACCAUCACGGUCCACUUCGAAGACAAGCGCAUCUCCAUCGAGCACGUUAACGCUCUUUACAGGAGCUUUUACCUUGGCGGUGCGCCACGACACAUUAGAGACAGACACGAAAUCAGCGCUCCGCCGCUGAGGGGCUGCAUGGAUCAUGUGAGCGCCGAUGCCCAGAUUGUGGAGUACAACACGACAAUGGGUGUCAGUAAUGGCUGUCCCUUCGCACUGCUGGGGGUUCGCACAGCCACGCUGCAUUCGCCUCUAUCAGCUGACUGGCUUUUUGCACCGGAUCAACGGCGCUUGGCUCUCGGAUUCAGGAGCACACACAAACACGGCAUCAUUCUCAGGAGCAGCUCUCAGAGCCCCUUCCCGGGUCACAUUUCCCUUGCCGACGGCUACCUUCAACUCAGCCUCGGUCAACACAACGUGAAGUCAUUGAAAAGAUACGACGACGGGAGCUGGCACUACUUGUGUGUGGCCCAGACGCCGAGGCUGGAGGCCCAAAUUGACAACGUAGACGUCGCGUUCCGCGUUCUGAUUCGGGAGCCCGAGCUGAACCGAGGAGAGAAUUCCAAUGCUGCAUCGCUAACAUUUACUCCAGGUCGGCGCAGAGCUUUACACCCGUGGAUCUGAAUUCUCUGCCGCCAACGGGAGUUGGCGCUCUGGGUCAAUGCCGUCUCGGCUCAUCCGGGCAAACUGGACGUUUAGCCACAGACGCGAGCAGACAGCUCCAGAUGCACAAACUCACCGUGGACCGAGCAGACGGCGAGUGCGGACGUGAGCGAGCAUCCCCCCGCGGUUAUGAGCUCGCACAGGAAGACAGCUGGCUGGCGUACAAACUGCCCGAGAAGGACCUUAAUUACAG